AUGGCUUUUGAGCUAGCAUAUUGUUUAUGCUUUCUGCUUGUCUUUCUACAGCUUCCCUUUUUCACCGUUGCUCAAAGUGACAAGAACAUAUCUUUUAGCUCAUCCCUUACUGCACAGGAGGACAGUAACCAUCAAUGGGCCUCGCUGUCUGGGGAAUUCGCAUUCGGCUUCAGAAAAAUUAGCAAUUCUGGCUUCUUACUAGCCAUCUGGUUUGUCAAUGUACAUGAAAAGACUAUAGUAUGGUCAGCCAAUCGCAAUAAUCCAGUGCAAGAAGGAUCGACAGUUGAAUUCUCCGCACAAGGCAAGCUUACUCUCACUGAUAUUGGAACAGGCAAACCAACAAACAUUGCUGAUGAUCAGUCUAGGGAUACUGGAGUUGCCUAUGCAGCCAUGCUGAAAAUUCAACCUAUUUCAACAAAUUACUCAAAGGGAAGAUUCAAAUUCAUUCUAGAUUCUGGUGGCAAUCUUAUGCUUUAUACAAUGAAUUAUCCAUUGAAGAGUACUAAUGUUCUCUACUGGUCAAUCGAAACUGGUAGUGGCUUUCAGGUCAUCUUCAACCAAUCUGGCUCUAUCUACCUCGCAGCACAGAACGGAAGCAUACUUGAUUGGUUCUUACGAGACACAGUUGACACUCACGACGUCUACCAGAGAGCAACUCUUGACUAUGAUGGAGUUUUGAGGCACUAUAUCCACCUGAAAAGCACCGACUCUUCGACUUCUUGGUUCCCUAUUUCCGUCAUGCCUUCAAAUAUUUGCACAGCAAUUGUAGAAAUUACAGGUGGUGGUGCGUGUGGGUUUAACAGCUUAUGUAGACAUGAGGAUUUAGCUCAUACUAAUUGCUCAUGCCCACCGAGCUACAUCCCCAUUGACCAAGAUGAUGAGAGGAAAGGGUGCACACCAAACUUUGUUCCCCAAAUUUGUGAUAAAGCCUCAUCAGAAAUAGACCUCUUUGAAGUUCAAGAGCUUCAAUUCACUGAUUGGCCUGGUGGAGAUUAUGAGCAUUUCCAGCCAGUUAAUAAGGAACAGUGCAAGCAAAGCUGCUUAGCCGAUUGUUUAUGUGCCGUUGCCAUUUUCGAUGAAGGAACAGCUGAUUGUUGGAAGAAGCGAAUGCCUCUUUCAAACGGGAGGAUCGAUGACGAUGUUCUAUGGUCAUCUCUGGUGAAAAUAAGGAAAGGCACUUUGACACCAACAAAAGAGAAAGAUAGUCUAACCCUGCUCAUCAUUGGAGCAGUGAUCAUUUUAAUAUCAACCAACGUGGUUGUUUUUAUAAUAAUCCAUCUGGUUAGUUCUCAUGCAAAGGUGAAUCGACUUUAUCCUGUGGUUCAAGGCAUGAAUCUGAAAUGUUUCACUUACAUGGAGCUAAAAGAAGCCACCAACGGAUUCGAGGAAGAGCUAGGUUGUGGUGCUUUUGCAACUGUUUUCAAAGGAGUUUUAGCAUCUGAUAAUGGGAAGUUCAUUGCUGUCAAAAGAUUGAACACUGUGGUCAAAGAAAAUGAUUUGGAAUUCAAAGCUGAAGUGAGCGCAAUUGGCGGAACAAAUCACAGAAAUUUAGUCCAACUACUCGGAUUUUGUAAAGAGGGGCAACACCAGCUUCUUGUGUAUGAGUACAUGAGCAAUGGCUCUCUAGCAGCCUUCCUCUUUGGAGAGUCAAGACCAAACUGGAAUGCAAGAAAAAAAAUUGCCUUGGGAACUGCAAGAGGGCUCUUGUAUUUGCAUGAGGAGUGCAGCCGCCAAAUCAUACACUGUGACAUUAAGCCUCAAAACAUUCUUCUCGACGAUUCUUUCACAGCAAGAAUAGCCGACUUUGGAGUAUCCAAGCUUUUGAAAUCCGACCAAACUCGAACAACUACUAGAAUCAGAGGCACAAAAGGUUAUGUCGCCCCAGAAUGGUUCAAAACCUUGCCUGUUACAGUGAAGGUUGAUGUUUAUAGCUAUGGCAUUGUGUUGUUAGAGAUUGUUUGCUGCAGGAAAAACUACGUAGCACAAGCACCAGCUGAAGAUCAAAUGAUAUUAGCCGAUUGGGCAUACAAUUGCUAUGAGCAAAAGAAUUUGCAUCUGUUGUUGCAGAAUGUCAGUGACGAUCAGGCAAUGGAUGGCAUCAAGGAGUUGGAGAAGUACUUGAUGAUAGCAUUUUGGUGCAUCCAAGAGGAUCCAUCAGUAAGACCUACCAUAAAGAAAGUGACACAGAUGCUUGAAGGCACUGUCGAAGUCUCAGUGCCUCCAAAUAAUCCCUCCUCAUUAUAUGUUCAAUCUAAGUGAUUGCAUUUAUUCAUUGA